AUGGAGACAAACCACGUUGACAGCCUCCUGGAGCGCUACCUCGUCCUGCUGGACGAGUACACGACCCUGCGCGAGCGCCUCAGCCGGACCCAGGCCGGCAUGUAUCAGAACAUUGCACGAGCCAACUUCUCCGCGGAGAGGGGCGUCCGUUACGGGCCGGACUACUACGACGAGCGCAUGCGGGCUUCGAGGACCCUCGAGCUGGCUGUGGAUGACAGGGGUGUCCCCCGCUUUGAGGUUGUCAGGGCUGCGGAGGGGGAUGAUGCUGUGACGGAGCCGAGGACGGAGACCACGGAGGCUGCGGCGGCGGCGGCGGCGGCGAGGAGGAAUGAUGAUGUUGAUGAGGCCCCGAGCAUGGAGGCGGAAGGGGUGACCUCUGUCGGUGAAGAGCAGAUGGAGAAAGAAGCCGAGAAGGAGGAGGAGGUGGAGAAAGAGAACGAGAAGGCGAAGCAAAAGAAGAAGAAGAAGAGUAAUGAUCCGCUCCGGUGGUUCGGGAUCCUGGCGCCGAUGCCUUUGAGACAGGCGCAAACGCUCUCGGUGCAGGCCGUGCAGGAUAUCGUUCCCCGGUUGGUCUCGGUGGACGCCGAGAUGAAGGAUAUCGAGAUUGAGGUCCGCCGGGCGAGGAAGAGGCGGGCCAAGGCUGAGGCUGCGGCGUUGAAGAGCAAUGAUGUAGAUGAGGGCGUGGGAACUGUUCGGCAGGAGACACAAGUUCCGGUGGCUGCUGUUAUUUGA